GUGAGAUUUGCGUACCUUAGCGCCGUCCGUCGUACUGAACUAGUGCUCCCAGGGCUGCUGUUGUACACAGCACGCAUUGCAUCGACGUUCGAGACGCGUACGGCGUGACAACUUGUACUGCAGCAGAGCUCUCACAGAGCAAUGCCGCAGCUUCACGCCGCCGCCGCGGUCCUCCUGCUCGCCGCAGCCGAGGCCCUCUCGACCACAACAACCCCGCGGGCCAUAACCGGCGCCUGGCCCCAGGCCUUCCCGGCCAAGGACCUCUGCAGCAAUUGUGGUUUGUGCAAGACCGACGUCGGCAUCGCGUCCGUGACCGAUAGUUGCGCGUUUAUCGGCGACGGCAUGGCAAGGGCCGAAGGGCUCGAGGAGCGGGUCCACGGCCGGAGCCGCGCCUACGAUGCCAGUAACUUGGACGAAGCGUAUUUUGGGGUCCACGACGAGAUCCUGCUGGCGCGCGGCAACGUCGGUGGGGCGCAGUGGACGGGGGUUGCCACUGGAAUAGCCCUCGCCUGGUUGGAAGCGGGCGAGGUCGACGCGGUUGUUGUUGCUGGUUCUUCCGAAGAUGGUUUUGGCUCGCCCGAGCCCGUGUUGUGUCGUACAAAGGAGGACGUGUUACGCGGUAGGAGGGUCAAGCCGUCGCUGUGUCCCUCGUUGGCCAUCUUGGACCAGGUGCGGGACGACGCGUCCAUAAAAAGGCUGCUGUUCUGCGGCGUCGGGUGCUCGGUGCAAGCUUUGAGAGGCAUCAAUAAAGGCGAUCCUGUGAAGGCGCUGAACCUCGACGAGCUGUAUGUCCUAGGAACGCACUGCGCAGUGCCCAAAUCAACUUUGCGGCUCUCCUACGCCAUCGACGCGAGCCACCUGACUCACUGGUCGAUUUGCGCACAGGCACUGCGUCGACAACUCCCCCACUCCCGAGGCCGCGAAAAAAUUCGUCUCCACUCUCCCAGGGGUCGGAGAGGAGCGCGCCGACGACGUGCUGGCCUACGAAUUUAUGGCCGACUUCCGCGUCCACGCGCGCCUCCGAGGCUCUGAUGAAGAGGAGACGGUGAAGCCUGCGUACAUGACCUUGCCUCCUAGCAUUGGUGUGCCGUCGAUCGCGCCGAGCUGCUUCUCUUGCUUCGAUUAUACCAAUGGUCUUGCGGACGUUGUGGUAGGGUACAUGGGGGCGCCCUUCGAUGCCAAGCGGGACGAGAUGACGACCGCACCACUCAUGGUUACUGUACGGAACGAGCGGGGGCGGAGGAUGCUCGACACCGCGGUCGCGAGCGGCCGGGUCGAGAUCCUGCAGCGAGGCGGCGUCGGCGGGCGCGAGCUGCCGUCGACGGGCGACCGGCGAUCAAUAACAGUGAAGACUGUUCAAGGCGACUCCAUGGUCAAGACUUUGCUGGAACCCGACUUCGUCGCCGGCAACCAGGGCGCGCCGCCGUUCGUCGCGAACAUUCUCGCGGACGUCAUUGCGAGAACGCUGCCGACGGGUCUCGAAUUCGCACGUUAUUCGAUCGACUACCACUACAUCCGCAAUCAGCUCUUCUGCGACGAUAGGAUGGGGACGCGCGCAACGCGGCAUGUUCCUUCGUACGCACGCGCCAUCUGCGAGCCCUACGCCGAAGACGUCGAAGCGCUGAAGAACCCGCCGCCGCCCGAGCCCUCGCCGCUCUGGUACCUCGUGUUCGGGGGGCGGUUCCAGCGAUAGGUCUGCUGUAAUUGUUCUGUGAUU